AUGUUUACCGCUAGAAUGGACAACAGCAGUGGUCCCUUCGUUCUCCCCACCCUGCUGCUCCUGCUGCAGAACAAGAGCUACCCUGAAGCCUCCAUCCCUCCUGCUGGCUACAGCAUGACUGAGUCACCCCCAGGACCCAGCUCCAGCAGGAACCACAGCAUCCUGCAGCCUGCACUGUGGCCAGGGGAGAUCGCAGCAGCCAGCGUGGUGUUGGGAGUGCUGUGGCUGGUUUCUUUCUUUGGAAACUCCCUCGUUUGCUUAGUGAUCCACAGAAGCAGGAGGACACAAUCCACCACUAACUAUUUUGUGGUCUCCAUGGCUUGUGCAGACCUGCUGAUCAGCGUGGCAAGCGUGCCCUUCGUGCUGCUGCAGCUUGCCCACGGCAGGUGGGUGCUGGGCAGCGCGAUGUGCAAGCUGGUCAGGUACAUCCAGUACCUCACCCCCGGGGCGCAGAUAGGUGUGCUCCUCUCCAUCUGCGUGGAUCGCUUCUACACCAUCCUCUACCCCCUCAGCUUCAAAGUGUCCAGGGAGAAAGCCAAGAAAAUGAUUCUGGCCUCUUGGCUCUUCGAGGCUCUGUUUGCAUCUCCGGCUUUCUUUUUCUAUGCCUCCAGCAGCAAAGAGCACUGCAACUUCUUCCUCCCUGCCACUUGGGAUGGAGCCCUCUACGGUGUCAUCCACCUCCUGGUGGUGUUCUUAAUCCCCUCCCUCCUCAUUAUCCUCUUCUACCAGAAGGUGAUCAAGCACAUUUGGAGAAUAGGCACGGAUGGCAGGACCGUCAGGAGGACAAUGAACAUUGUCCCGAGAACAAAGGUGAAAACCAUCAAGAUGUUCUUGAUGUUAAACACGGUGUUUCUCCUCUCCUGGCUCCCUUUUUAUGUGGUGCAGCUGUGGCACCCGCAGGAAACGGAGUACAGGAAGAGCUCCUUGGUUUUCCUAGCAAUCACCUGGAGCUCCUUCAGCUCCUCAGCCUCUAAGCCAACCCUCUACUCCGUGUACAAUGCCAACUUCAGAAGAGGAAUGAAAGAAACCUUUUGCAUGUCUGCCAUGAAAUGCUACAGGAGCAACGCUUACACCAUCACCUCCAGCUCCAGGAUAGCCAAAACAAACCAUGUUGGGAUCGCAGAUGUCCCAGCUCCAGCCAAAACUGUCACCAAAGACUCAAUCUAUGAAGCUUUUAACAGGGAAGCAAAGGAAAAAAAGCUUGCCUGGCCCAUUCAGUCCAACCCCCCCAAUACAUUUGUCUAG